AUGGCCGCGGCUCGAAAGCUGAGUCAGGUCUUGGAUGUGCUGCAGGUGCCCUCUGUGCAGAUGUUUGAGAUAGACCUGCUCUUCUGCCGGACCGCAACCUUCCGGCGGCAGGGCGAAGGGAUCAGAGUCACCGAGGUGGACUGGCAGUGGCCAAGGAAUGGUGCUGCCCACCACACCCAGGAGUACCCCGGCCCCGAGCUGGUGGUUCGCAGGGGCCAGAUGUUCACCUUCAUGCUGGAGCUGAACUGCCCCCUGGACAGCAAGGACACCCUCAUCUUCACGGUGGAGACAGGGCCCCAGGCUUCUGAGGCUCUCGGCACCAAAGCCGUGUUCCCGACAUCGGAGCUGGAGGUGGGAAAUGCCUGGACGGCAGUGAGGGCAGCUCAGAAGGGGAACACAGUGACCAUCAAGGUCACCAGCCCUCCCGAUGCCGUCAUUGGCCGCUACCGGCUGAGCGCCAGGCUUUCCUCUCGCCGCAAACACAGUGACCGGAAGCUGGGCGAGUUUGUUCUCCUUUUCAACCCCUGGUGCCCAGAGGAUGAUGUGUUUCUGGCCUCAGAGGAGGAGAGACAGGAGUACGUGCUCAAUGACAGCGGGAUCAUCUUCCGAGGCGUGGAGAAGUGCAUCCGAGCCCAAGGCUGGAACUUCGGGCAGUUUGAGGAGGACAUCCUGAACAUUUGCCUCUCCAUCCUGGACCGAAGCCCCAGUCACCAAAACGACCCGGCCACCGAUGUGUCCUGCCGCCACGACCCCGUCUACGUCACCAGGAUCAUCAGCGCCAUGGUGAACAGCAACAACGACCGGGGCGUGGUUCAAGGCCAGUGGCAGGGCAAGUACGGCGGCGGCACCAGCCCACUGCACUGGCGCGGCAGCGUGGCCAUCCUGCGCAAGUGGUUCAAGGGCAGGUUCAAGCCAGUCAAAUACGGCCAGUGUUGGGUCUUCGCUGGAGUCAUGUGCACAGUCCUUAGGUGCUUGGGGAUCGCGACACGGGUUGUGUCCAACUUUAACUCGGCCCACGACACAGACAGAAACCUGAGUGUGGACAAAUACGUGGACUCCUUCGGGCGGACCCUGGAGGACCUGACGGAAGACAGCAUGUGGAAUUUCCACGUCUGGAAUGAGAGCUGGUUUGCCCGGCAGGACCUGGGCCCCUCUUACAAUGGCUGGCAGGUUCUGGAUGCCACCCCCCAGGAGGAGAGCGAAGGCGUGUUCCGGUGCGGCCCGGCCUCAGUCACUGCCAUCCGUGAGGGCGACGUGCACCUGGCCCACGAUGGCCCCUUUGUGUUUGCGGAGGUCAAUGCAGACUACAUCACCUGGCUCUGGAACGAGGAUGACAGCAGGGAACGUGUGUAUUCAGACACGAAGAAGAUUGGGAGGUGCAUCAGCACCAAGGCUGUGGGCAGCGACUCCCGCGUGGACAUCACGGGCCUCUACAAGUACCCAGAGGGUAAGGGCAGCACGGUGGCCUCUGCAGCCUCCCCGAUGACCCGACCGCUGCAGAGGGACAACCGUGGGUGGCGGGACCAGCCCGCCACCAAGCCCAGCAUCGCGGGCAAGUUCAAGGUGCUGGAGCCGCCCAUGCUGGGCCACGACCUAAAGCUGGCCCUGAGCCUGACCAACCUCACCUCGCGGGCCCAGCGGGUCCGAGUCAACGUGAGCUGUGCCACCAUCCUCUACACCCGCAGGCCCGUGGCCGAGAUCCUGCGGGAGUCCCAGGCGGUGCGGCUGGGGCCCGAAGAAGAGAAAAAGAUCCCAAUCACAAUAUCUUACUCUCAAUAUAAGGAAGACCUGACAGAGGACAAGAAGAUCCUGUUGGCUGCCAUGUGCCUUGUCACCAAAGGAGAGAAGCUCCUGGUAGAAAAGGACAUUACUCUGGAGGACUUCAUCACCAUCAAGGUGCUGGGCCCGGCCAUGGUGGGGGUAGCAGUUGUAGUGGAAGUGAUGGUGGUCAACCCCCUCUUGGAGAAAGUAGAAGACGGUAUGCUGAUGGUGGAGGGCAGUGGCCUUCUCCAGGGACAGCUCAGCAUCGAUGUACCCAGCCUGGAGCCCCAGGAGAGGGCCUUGGUCCAGUUCAACAUCACCCCCUCCAAGAGUGGCCUAAGGCAGCUGCAGGUGGACUUUGUCAGCCCCCAAUUCUCAGACAUCAAGGGCUUUGUUAUCAUCCACGUGGCCACAGCCAAGUGA